AUGCAUGUCCAGGGCACGCUGAAGCACAACUGCAUCCCGACCGGCUGGAGGUGCCUGUCGACCGGCGUGGACGUGGCGGCGGGGUGCGGGCCGCUGCAGGCGCGGUGCGCGGCGGCCGCCGCCCUGCAGCUGCAGCGCGACCCCCCGCCCCUGGCGCAGUACCUGGUGCUCCGCUUCGGGGCGGCGGCGCCCCUCUGCCGCGACGCCGCGCACCUCUUCGGCACGAGCGCUGGGUUCGAGGGGCUGCGGGCCCAGAUGCGGGCGCGCGACGUCAUAAGGGACUACGUCGCUCUGAAGCACGGUGACGUGCGGGCCCCCAUCGACGAUUCCACCUUCGCGGUGCAGGCCAGGUGUCGCGUGCACGCGAGCGGCCAAGAUGCCGUCACGGUCUACGAGGUGGUGGACGAGUACUCGGACGGCCUGGAGACGUACAGUCUGGCCACCCCGUCGUCGGCGACGCGCUCUACCUGGGCGGGCCCUGGUCGCCGGAGCGGGACGGGCGCUUCUGCCCGCGGCUCUUCCUGCACCAGGUGCGCAUCGGCUUCUGCGGCCUCGCCGGUGAGCCCAUCGUCGUGUGGAGCCCGCUGA